AUGCAGUGUUGGACAAGGACAGUGGCAUCCAGUUUGGGACUCCUCUGUAGUUUUGGGAGCAGGGGAUGCUUCGACGGGGCGCAGGUGCGGGAGAUCGCGCGGGGCCAAGAUGGUGCCCGGGGAGUACGAGGAUUUGAGGAGGUCCUUCCAGAAGGGUUCGUCGGGCGGACGGAAGGGCUCGGGAGGGUGAUCGGGUGGGCCCCGCAGGCGCAGGUGUUGGGCCACUGGGCAGUGGGUGGGUUCGUGUCGUCACUGUGGAUGGAACUCGGUGCUCGAGAGCGUGUGGGAAGGAACCAUUUUUCUUAA